AUGGCGGAUGACCUAAAACGAUUCCUGUAUAAAAGAUUACCAAGUGUUGAGGGACUCCAUGCUAUUGUUGUGUCAGAUAGAGAUGGAGUGCCUGUCAUUAAAGUGGCCAAUGACAAUGCUCCAGAAUGUGCUUUGAGACCUGGUUUCUUGUCUACUUUUGCCCUUGCAAUAGACCAAGGGAGCAAACUUGGACCUUCAAAAAAUAAAAGUAUCAUCUGUUACUAUAACGCCUACCAGGUGGUUCAAUUCAACCGUUUACCUUUGGUGGCGAGUUUCAUAGCCAGCAGCAAUUAUAAUAUAGGACUAAUUGUCAGCCUAGAAAAGGAACUUGCUCCAUUAUUUGAAGAAUUGAGACAAGUUGCGGAAGUUUCUUAA